AUGAGUGCCGUUCACAGCCAGGCCGAGGACCCGGCUCUAGCCAGACCUAAGCAGCGAAAAAAAGGCAAGAGCAAUAAAAGGAACGACCAGAGUGCGCCUGAGAUUGAGAUUAAAGAGAGCAAGAGACCGAGAAAGGAUUCGCCGCUGGUCAUGUCGCAAGCGGCUGUCAACACCAUGCCGAGGAAGGAGAGACCUGGGCCCGCGCCGCUGCAUAUCAUGGAGUUCUUGGGGGUCUUUUACAGUCUUGGCCUCCUCAAAGACCAAGACCAAGACCAAGACCUCGAUCACCUCCCCUUUGACAUCGACCCCUCGACCACAGAAGAUAUCACGCGCCUCGCCGACAUCUUCGCCGCCUGGACAUCAGAUCCGGACGUCCUCGAAGAUCAUCACGGAGCCGCAGCAGCUGGCAGUGGUACGUCCAAGUACCGCUCCGCAGUGGUUGUAGAUCGGGCGCUCCGCAGCUUCGGCACGGAUCUGGGAUACCACCUCUUUGCUUGCGCGCUUAACCUGGGCGUCACGCCGGACUCGCUGGCGGAGCUUUUGGAGGACGUGGUAGGGUUCUGGGUCGCGUUGGUGGGGGAUUUGAAGGGUGAGAUGAUUAAGAGAGAGAGGGAGGAGAGGAAGAGGGAGAAGAAGUGGGGAGGGGAGGAGGAGGAUGAAGUGGUCGUGGUGUUUUGGCAGGAUGGGCAGGGAUGGGUGGAGGAAUCUGAAGCUACUAGGAUGGGAGAGGGAGAGGGGGAGUUGGAGGGUGAGGGUGUGGAUAUGGGUAUGAUGGGCGAGACGCUCAAGGGCGUGAUGGAGUUGGGGCCUUUUGAGAAUGAGACUACGAUUCAGAGGGCUUUGGGCUUUUCGGAGCGGGUGGUGGCCGUUAUGGGUGCUGCGGCGGGGGAGGUGAGGAGAACGAUUAGCAUUAGGCAGUCGAUAGAGGUGAAGGCCAAAUGA